UUCCACCCAUUUUAUGAGAUAUGAUGCCCGAUGCAAGUGCCGCUGAUCCUCUCUCCCUUCGUUUAGACGAGAAGCUUACUCACCUAUCUGGUGCACAUUUCGAGUGGUAUAUUUACAGAGUCCAUGAUCGACUACGUAGGCAGAGCGAAAAGGCCUACGAGCCAGAAAUACUGUCGAUUGGACCAUAUCACCGUGGUAAAGGCCAUCUAUGGAUGAUGGAAGGACACAAAAUGCAGUAUCUUCGAUUGCUUCUUAAACGGACAGAGGAGGCAAGCGUGGAUAGGUACGUCGCAGCCAUGAGGAAAUUGCAGAAAAGAGCACAAGGGUGUUAUGCUGACUCCAUAAACCUUAGCAACGACGAGUUUGUGGAAAUGAUGCUUCUCGACACCUGUUUUAUCGUUGAGUUUCUCCGCAAAUUCUCCAUGACAAUGUUGAGAGAUACAAACGACCCUAUCUUCAGAAUGGAUUGGAUCCUCCACGGUAUAUGGCGGGACUUAAUGCUGUUCGAGAAUCAACUUCCGUUCUUCAUUCUCGUGCAUUUGUUCACCAUGACGAAAAUUCCAGAUCCACGAGACAACAUCGUCGACUUAUUCAUACGGUACGGCUAUUGUGUCCGAGAACAUUAUAUUUGCACCAUGCCUCCGGGUUUCGAGAGGUUUCUGAAAAUUUCGUACGGGAUUUCACCUGACGACGUGAAGCAUUUUCUCGGUCUAGUACACCAUGUCACAUCAUCUUCGGUUGCCAAAUUGGUGUCUAAUAGAAAUAUUUGCCACGACGAAAAGAGAUGGGAUUAUAUACAUUCUGCCACUGAGCUACACGAGGCCGGGAUCAGGUUCAAGAAGGCUAAGUGUACCCCCUGGUUAUACAUAAGGUUUGUGAACGGGGCAAUCGAGAUCCCGCAUUUUGCUGUCGAAGAGACGUUCGAGACUAUCUUCAGGAACUUGAUUGCGCACGAGGAGCAUCUCCAGGACGCCGGACCCAAAUACGUGAAGAAUUACCUGACUUUCUUGUGCUGCCUCAUCAACUCCGCGAGGGACGUCAGUUUGCUCCGCCGUUGCGGGAUUCUGAACAACAUGCUGGGCGACGACGAAGCCGUUUCGGCAGUCUUCAGCAAGGCUUCCACGUGUGUCCUGGUGUCUCGUGCCGACUUCUGUUACUACCGGGACUUCAACGACAUAAAUGCGUAUUGUAAGUGCCGGCAGAACAUAUGGACCACGAAGCUCCGGCGGGAUUACUUCAAUAGCCCGUGGAAGAUCGUUUCGUUUCUUGGUGUUGUUUUGUUGCUUCUACUCAGUUUGGCACAGACCACCCUAUCUGGUCUUGCUUACUUUUGUCAAAAACGAUGAGCCAAUUUAUUGUUCUAGAUGGCGGUAGGGCUGCUAAACGAACUAAGCUAUUUGAGUUU